AUGACGCGCGGAUCUCAGACGAUCAUCACGGAUGGUGGCUCCACUGCGUUUCUGCAAGCUCGCCGCUACGGGUCCGCGAAGGGCCGCGCCGGUCAGGCGAGAGGUACACGAGGCGCAGCUAAGGCAAAGGCGGACUCAGGCGCGGCUGGCGGUAAGGCUGCAACAUCGUCGUCGCGGCGAGCGCAGCCAGUCUCCAUGUCCGCCCGGCACAGCUCAACCCUGUUACGUAGCUCUUUGGUCACAAGCAAGCAGGUGGACGAAACUGCCGCGUUUUUCGAUCGAGGCAGCUCUUCACGAGAUGAGGCAGCGGAGUCAGUGGACAAAGAGAGUGAGGGAGAAAGCGAGGGUCUGUGCCCAUCUCCGUCAGCACGAUGGAGGCGCGCGAGCCUUCGCGCAAUGCGUGGCCGCGACAGUGUCCCAAGACUCGCAGCCACAGAAGCGCGUGAUGACGCGGACGAAAUGGAUGACAUCGAUAACGGUGGCAGCGAUGAGUUUUCAGAGCCGCCCACAGAGGACCCCGUCGUUGCCACUCUGCACGACGAGUUUGGUGGCAGUGAUGAGCUUGAGAGGGAUUAUGGCGAGCGACGUAGCCGCAAGGGCACCGAAACGUGUUUAGACGGCGUUUCCCAGGCGGAGGAAUACGACGGUGCGGCUCUGACGCGGCGAUUGCGACGUCGUAGUCUCACGGCAUCGGCCGCGGACACGGACGCUGGCGACGCUGAUGCGACUAGCACAGCUUCUUCGCCAGCAGAGCUCCUGCAGCGGACCGCAGACUCGGCGGUCGUUGAUGAAGAGAUGGCAAACCGCUACUUGGCCCUCGCGUUUCCCGAAUUGGCGGCCGAAUACGCCGCUGCAGGCGACGGUGCGAACACAACUCCCGUGAGUGAAGUCAUGACGGACUCGGCGGUGGUCGCAGCGUGGCGCUGCUCCACCUGCAACAACGUCUGGCGUAGCGGUGUUUUUGUGCGAUGCAUACUCAAGAACGGAUGCCCGCAGUGCGCUGCAAACCGGACGUCGACGCUGGCGAAGGUGCGGCCUGACCUGCUCCAGCUGUGGGACUACAACCGCAACAACCCAUUUCUCAAGCCUGAGGAGAUCGCUGCUGACAGCAAGCAGAGUGUCUUUUGGAGAUGUCCCAUGUGUCGUGAAAGCUAUGCCGCUCGCGUGAAGGACCGGGCCCUGGACAAGGUCCGCUGCUCGUCGUGCGCGCUGCUGCGCUCUCAGUCGGCGGGUGAGCUAGCCUCCGAGGAGAGCGUGGUGCUGCAGGAGUGGCAUCCGCUAAAGAACGGUGAUCUCCGCAUAGAGCAACUGUCGCCGACUGACACAAGAACGAAGGUGUGGUGGCUCUGCGCUGGGUGUGGGCAUGAGUGGGAAGCCUCACUUGCGGCGCGUCUCACACGCGGGCGGCUUAGAAAAAGAAGUCUAUGCCCCGCAUGCCACGGAAAGGGUGUGACAGAACUCCUGCAAUGA